AUGCGCUUCACCGACCGAGCAUCUUUCCUCCUAUCGGCUUUAAUUGCAUUGCCUUCUUUUACUACAGCCUUCUAUCUCCCAGGUGUCGCACCGACAUCUUACGAUGAAGGACAAGCUGUUCCGCUCUAUGUCAACCACUUGACUCCUAGCUUGUCCCGCGAUGACCAACUUCAUUCGGUCUUCUCCUAUGAUUACUACCAUCCUGCGUUUGGAUUCUGUCAACCGGCUGACGGUCCCAAAGAUGUGCGAGAAUCAUUGGGCAGCAUCCUGUUCGGCGAUCGAAUUCGCACCUCGCCAUUCGAGCUGAAGAUGGCACAGAAUGAGACCUGCAAGUCAAUCUGUGCUGAAACCAAAUUUGAUGCUCGCAGCGCUAAAUUCACCAAUCGCCGCAUAUCCCAAGGCUACAAUAUUAACUGGCUUGUGGAUGGUUUGCCAGCUGCACAGCUGAACUAUGAUGGUGUUACCCAGACCAAGUUCUACAGCCCCGGCUUCGCUCUAGGCGAUUUGGAUGACAGUGGACAGGCUCUGCUCAACAACCAUUAUGAUAUCAUGAUUGAUUAUCAUAAGGUGGGAUUCGGUGGCAAGGACAAAUAUCGCGUUGUUGGAGUGCUGGUCCAGCCCGAAUCUCGCCGGGACUCUAGGAACUCCGAGGAAGCAGGAAAGGCCGAGUGCGGCACCCAGGGUGAAGUCCUUUCCCUCAACGAAGAUGGGGAGACUACAGUUACCUGGACGUACAGUGUCUACUGGAAAGAAUCCCCUACCGCCUGGGCUACUCGCUGGGACAAAUACCUCCAUGUUUAUGAUCCCAAGAUCCACUGGUUUUCUCUUAUCAAUUCAGCCGUCUUUGUGGUGUUCCUAGUGGGCAUGGUCAGCAUGAUUCUCCUCCGGGCCCUCAAGAAGGACAUUGCCCGCUACAACCGACUGGACUCGUUCAACCUGGAGGACUUGGAUAGCACAUCAGCCGCCAUUGAAGACGGAGUCCAAGAGGACUCUGGAUGGAAGUUGGUCCAUGGUGACGUGUUCCGGUGCCCCAAGUCCCCAUUGCUAUUGAGUAUCAUGUUGGGCAAUGGGGCCCAGCUGUUCAUGAUGACCGGCGUAACCGUUGCAUUUGCCUUGCUCGGUCUCCUCUCUCCCUCGAACCGUGGAUUACUGGCUACUGCCAUUCUUUUGAUUUCUGCUCUCUUUGGUGGAAUCGGUGGAUAUGUUUCGGCACGUGUGUAUAAGACCUUCGGAGGCGAAGCCUGGCGUCGCAACAUCAUCAUGACACCUCUCUUCAUACCCGGCAUCAUCUUUGGUGCUUUCUUCAUCCUGAACCUCUUCGUUUGGGCCAAAGGAUCCAGCGGUGCUGUGCCGUUCGGAACCAUGCUGGCUCUGGUUCUGAUCUGGUUCGUUAUCAGUGUACCACUAAGUGUGGCAGGUAGCUGGCUGGGAUUCAAGCAAUCGCCAAUCGAGGGUCCAACCAAGACCAACCAGAUCCCCCGUCAGGUUCCCCCAAUGGCCGGUAGCUUACGUACCAUCCCGUCCAUUCUGUUGACCGGCAUCCUUCCAUUCGGCGCCAUCUUCGUUGAGCUGUACUUUAUCAUGACGUCUUUGUGGACCAACAAGAUCUACUACAUGUUCGGUUUCUUGUUCCUCUGCUACGGCUUGAUGAUCAUCACCUCCGCGGCUACGACUGUGCUGUUGGUAUACUUCUUGCUGUGCGCCGAGAAUUACCGCUGGCACUGGCGUGCAUUUGCCGGUGCCGGUAUGACCGGUGGCUAUGUGUUCGUCAACGCGUUGAUCUUCUGGGCCACACGCGUGAGCUUUGGUGGGUUGACUGGAGCCGUGCUUUAUGUGGGUUAUUCGGCGUUGAUCUCCUUCAUUGUGUUUAUCCUGACAGGUUCUAUUGGCUUCUUUGCCAGCUGGGCCUUCAUCCAUCGCAUCUAUGGUUCCAUUAAGGUGGACUAG